GAUCGCUGUUAGUUUGGUGUCUGGACCAGAAGUUGAACACGUGGCGAAGCGGUGAGCAGAAGCAUGGAUGGGAUCUGGACUCUGGUUGUGUGUGUCGGAGUUGUGUGUUCUGCUGUGCCUGGUUCAGCUCAGGAUUCCACCAGGACAUUGUUUCUGAUCUCAGGUCCAGAGGUGUUGCAUGCUGGGACACCCACUCCGCUGGCUGUCACCGUCCUUGCUGACUUCUCUGGCAGGGUGAUGGCUGAAGUGGCACAUGGCAACACCAAAGUAGUCCAAACAGAGGACUUCCAAGGAGGUUUGACCAGCCUCCUCACACUCCCUCCUAUUCUUGGAUCUAUAACCCAGAAUUCCCUCUUAAACUUGACGGUGAGGGGCUACAGGGGGGACAAUCUCAUUUUCACCAACACCACCACCCUCAGCUUCAGCCUCAGGAAUGUCUCCACCUUUAUUCAAACCGACAGAUCACGCUACCAACCAGGCGAUACUGUCAAAGUCAGAAUUGUGUCUGUUCAGUUGGAUAACCAUCCAUACAAAGGCAGAGUGGAUGUCUCUGUACAGGAUCCCAGUGGAAGCAUUGUCGACAGGUGGGAGUCCACAGGGAAUCUGAGGAUUGUGUUGUGGGAAUUCAGUUUAUCCCAGAUGUCUCCUCUUGGACAGUGGGCGAUCACAACCACAGUGAAUGGCAUGACUGAUGAGAAAGCAUUCAUCGUGGAGCGUUUCAAGCGUCCUCACUUUGAAGUGCUGUUCAGGACACCUUCACAGGUCCUCGUUGGAGCUGACAUCUCAGGAUCAGUGAGGGCAAUCUACUUCAGUGGACAACCUGUACAGGGAACACUAGCUGUCUCAGUCACUCAGGUGUCUGUUGUGCACAAUGCAGCCUCUCCAUUCAUGCUAACACAAAAUAAAGAGAUCUAUGGGUCAACACAGUUUUUCUUCAGCAAAGAUCUGCUUCAAGCCAUUUACACCUCAUCAGGAAUUAGCAGCAGUGUACAUGUUUCUGCCCGUGUUACUGACAACUCCACAGGAUUUCAAGUGAACAAAACAGUCGAAGUCCACCUUAUGAAGAACACAUUCCAGCUCUUGUUCCAUGAUUUUCCACCUACACUAAAGCCAGCUUUACACUUCUCUACAAAACUAAGAAUCUCUAGAUUUGACAGAAAGCCACUCCGCUCACUGGAUCUAACGCACUCUGCUGUGAUUGAAGUCACUCAGAGAACAUCCACGACGAAUGCUGAAACUACAACUCUGACACUUCCAGUGCCUGAGGACGGGAACAUCCACGUAAAGUUUGAAUUACAGGAUCAAGUAGUGAUGCUUUUUAUUCGGGCAAGAUUCCAAUCCAGUGAGGAGACUCUGGCGGUCUACAGCAACUACUCCUCUCCUAGUGGCUCAUAUAUUCAGAUCUCCAUAAUCAACACCUUACCUGCACAGAUUGGAUUACCUCUUCAACUAGACGUGGAGAGCACCUUUAAACCAACUAAGCUUCACUUUGUGGUGAGCUCUAGAGGUCAAGUAGUGGCUGCUGGGACAAAGACUUCCUCCUCUUUUUCUCUGACCCCGACAUUGUCCUGGUUCCCUCAGGCCUGUGUCACUGUCUACUGCAUCCUUUCUGACGGAGAGGUCACCAGUGACACAGCGCACAUACCCAUCAACCAACACAACUAUGUAUCUCUGAACUGGAGCAGUAACAAAGCCCAGCCAGGUGAACAGGUAUCGCUCACUGUGACUGCCCUUGAACCCAGGUCCCAGGUAGGAAUCGUGGUAAUGGGUUCGCAUGAUGAUGCUCCGCAGGCUGAGCUUGACUUGAAAGUGGAGCAGGAAUGUAAUAUUAGGAUGCUGACCAAUGCCAGACUAUAUGAGAAAAAGCAGCCUGAUGGACCUAAAAAUGAAAGAGAUGCCCUAAUGGUAGAGAAGUACUGGAGCCGUUGGAUGGAUGCCACUGAAUCCUUGCUGUGGUUAGACACAAAUAUUAGUGAUAAAACAUGGACAAGCGGGAAGAUAACAGUGCCAGAUGGCAUUACUUCUUUGAGAGCUGUUGCACUGGUGAUGUCAGACGACCUGGGUUUGGGCUUCACUCCUUUGCCACAAAAGUUGACCGUGUCCAAAGAUUUUUCCUUGUCUCUGGAUGUCCCAUCACAUCUCAUCAGAGGAGAGGAGAUUGUGCUGGAGGUGAACAUUAUCAACCAUUUAGAGAAUGACAUAGAGGUCAUCCUGCUGCUAGCUCAGAGUGAGACCUUUGAGUUUGUUUUGGCAGAUAAAGGGGAUGUCUCCGUGGUAAAUGCCCAAAAGCUCACCUUAGGGAGUCAUGUGUCUGCUUCAGCGCUGUUCCCUAUAAGGCCUGUGGCUCUGGGCGAGAUGGAAAUAUCUGUGGACGCCAUAUCUGCGGAGGCCUCAGAUAGCCUUGUUUGGAGAGUGCUUGUGAAGCCUGAGGGAGUUGAACAGACCUUCUCAGAGACUCUGUUCCUGGAGCUGGCACCAGGGAAACACAACAAUUCCAGAUCCGUCUCCUUCUCCUUUCCACCAGAUGUGGUACCAGGCAGCCAGAGGGCCCAUGUGGCAUUGGUUGGUGAUAUCUUGGCCUUGUCCAUCAGAAACUUGGAUUCGCUGGUUCAGAUGCCUCUUGGUUGUGGGGAGCAGAACAUGAUCCACUUUGCUCCAAGUAUUUAUGUUCUCCAGUACCUGGACACGUCAAACCAGGACAAUAAGGAGAUCAAGAGCAGGGCUCUGGGCUACAUGAAGGAAGGAUAUCAGAGACAACUGUCCUACCAACGAGAUGACGGUUCAUUCAGUGCUUUUGGAGCAAGCAACACCUCUGGUAGCACAUGGUUGACAGCCUUCGUGCUGAGGUGCUUCCUCCAAGCUCAGCCCCACAUGCUGAUAGACCAGAGUGUCCUGGCCAGGGCCAUGACUUGGCUUCUGAAACACCAGGGACCCCAGGGAGAGUUCAGUGAGGUGGGCAGGUUGAUCCACACAGAGAUGCAGGGAGGACUGGAUAAUGGUACGGUGGCACUCACUGCGUAUGUACUGAUUGCACUGCUGGAGGACGCGAGCUAUGUGAACAUGUACCCAGGAAAUGUGUCUUUGGCCCAGAGUUACCUGGAGGACAAAGUGUCCAGUGGAGUGGUCAGUAACUACAGCCUGUGUCUGGUGGCCUAUGCUUUAGCUCUGGCCAAUAGUCCUGUGGCCGGCACUGCCCUGGCUGAGCUCAGCAGGAGAGCUGACUACAGAGAUGGAGUCAUGAUCUGGAGAUCCUCAGCUAGCCUGGAGUCACAUGACUGGCGGCCGCGCUCAGCCCAGAUCGAGAUGGCCUCUUAUGUGCUGCUGGCUUUUUUUAGGCGUGGCAACUUUGUGGAGGGGAUCGCACUCUUUAAAUGGUUAAGCAAGCAGAGAAACCAUCUAGGAGGCUUCGGGACGACACAGGACACAGUAGUUGCCCUCCAGGCUCUGGCUUACUAUGCUGCCUUCAGUGGUGCCAACGCCAUUGACCUCAGUCUCAACAUAUCUUCCCUAACGUCUUCGUCACUAUUUAGGAUCAACUCCACCACCUAUCAGACGUGUCAGAGCCGAGAGAUUAAUGCUGACAAAGAUCUAAACCUAAAUAUAUACAUGGAAGGAAGAGGAUUUGCAAUACUUCAGAUGAAUGUCUUUUACAACCUGGAGAGCAAAGCAUUUUCACAGAACCUCCAGCAAGCCACAGAUGAGGAGGCUUUCUCAUUGGUUGUGAAUGUUACUGAGGAAAGAGACCACAAUCACAUGCUGGUAUCUAUAUGCACGAGGUUAAAUGACAAUCAGGCGAUAUCUCAUACGGGCAUGGUUAUAUUGGAUGUGGGCAUGCUCAGUGGUUUCAGUCUCUCUCCUGGAGCUGCUGCCCCAACAGAUCUUAUCAGGAAGGUGGAGAUACUGCCUGAGAAAGUCAGCCUCUACCUAGAUUCACUUACCAAGUCAGAGGUUUGCUUCAGACUUCCAAUCCUCAGAGAUUACAAAGUGGCCCACGUACAGGAUGCUGUGGUGCAGGUUUAUGACUACUAUGAACCUACGAGAAAAGCAACACGACCAUACAACUCGGAUGUUCUGCACAACAUGAACUCCUGCCUCUUCUGUGGUAAAGACUGUAAACGCUGUAGGCCAGGAAUCCGUAUCACGGUGUCCUCCCUGUCAUCUCACUCAAUAAGCAGCGCCACCUUCAGCUUGAUUUGCCUGUUUCUAGGAGUCACUGCUUUUGUUAUUGUAGUCUAAUUGGAUUGAAUUAUAGCUAAGAUAUAAUCAGAUGUAAUGAAUAUACUUUGAGAGGCAUAAUUUUAGCAUGUACACACACUGAUAUGCACUGGAUGCAAUUUCAAAUGUUUUUUUAAUACAAAAGUUAGUAUUUCUUGACAAAUGAUUGUAAUUUUUAGAGGCCUGUUUGCAUGCUGCUCUUUUGCUUGGUGCACGUGCCUUCUACUGUUUACGAUGUGUUUUGUAUUGUUUUUGGAUAGAAUGUAUAUGAGAAAUUACUUCUAAUCUUUGGAAACCUACCUGUUAAAUUUCAUUUAUGUAUUCAGCAUAUUUUUAUGGUGCGAUGCAUUAGAGAACAAAUAAAGUAAUUUCUUUACUUAGUUGGUGAAACCUACCAGUCUUCGUAUGAUUCCAUGUGUUGACUGGAAUAGAAAGUUCAUGUACAGUUGGGAGCAGAACAAAUGUAUUUAUUUGUCAGUUCCAUAUGUGUCCUGUUGUCGCCAUUUUGGCAGAAAGUGCAGACAUGCUGCCUGAAGCAAUAUAAAGGCUAAAAUAAGAUUUAUUCUACAGCUCUACUGUGCUUUCCAGCAAAUGGCUGACUUUUGGGUUUAAUAUGUUUUACUCGUGUUGAUAUAUAACAGCUUGAGUGAACCAGACACUCACUGAGUUAGGCUUUAAAUAUGGCACCAAGGAGGAAAAUACCCUGUAAGAUCAUUUGGAGUGAGAUAAAGUCUACCUUACCCCUCUGCCACGUCACAAAUCUCUGAGCCAAAGGAAUGCAGACUGACCUGCAGAAGUAUGCAGAGGGAACACACACAUGUAAGCCAUCACUGGAGAGUAAUCAGGUUUGACGUCGCUGAUGUAUCAUGAAAUAUGAAUGUUAUUUCUAAGAUUCCAGCCUACCACGGCCUAUUUCAUGUUUUACAACAUAAACAUUUUACACCAUGUUCACCUGAACAUGACUACAUUUAUUUUUUUCAUUCUACUAAUCAAUAAUUUAACACAGACAGCAUUUUACUUUAACAACAAUAAGUCUCUGUAUACAGUAAAUGGAAGCAUAGUAAAAUAGUGAAUCUCCAAUAUUCCCAAGACAAUACUGUUCGUAUGGAAAGCUAUAGAUGUUUUUUACCAAAGUUAAAUGUGAUCAAGCUUUCAGCAAACAUCCGCCCUGUUGAAGUGUCCAUUAAGUUAAAGGAGGUUUGUUUUGUAGCUGAACCUGACCUUUGACCUCUUUGGAGGUCAGCUUCACCCUACCCUUAAGCCUUUUUUGAAAAGAUAUGCUGUUUUGUGUUUCAAUGGCAAUGCAUGUCUGGUUUUUAUGCCUAAUAUGUUUUUAUAAGGCCCACUGGGCAAGGCAAUUUUCCUAAAGGGGCAAUAAAGUUUUUUGUUCAUAAGCAAAAGUAGA